GACGUGAUCAUUAUAUAUUAUUAGUCAACAUGCCAACAGGCAAGUGAUCGGACACACUCAUAUUCGCACCGUGAUACAGACGACUCGCUCAUAUUUUAAUACGCUCGCUCUAUUAUUAUUUUUACAACACUCCUGCAGCGCGUCACAAUCAUCAAUAGCGGUAUUCGUUUCGGGACUCGUCGUUCGGUUUUCUGAAAAUUUGUUGUACAAUAAUUUCGGUGUUAUCUCCGUGGGUCCAGCCAUUCGAAUACGGAACGCGGUCGCCCGGCCGAUCUGUCACAGCCGCGUCAGACGCCUCCGGUGCGUAAUAUCGUAUUGUUUCAUUUAUUUAGGUCUCCGGUCUCGAAAACGAUGUCCUCCUCGGCAUUGUCCUCAGAUUAGUAACUGGCCGUCCAAAAUUUACAGUGAUGCGGCAAUGUAGCUCUUCAUAUCGGAUGUCUGGUUUAGAUCGGCGGACAAAUGUAGACGUUCAAAUUUUAAGUGCUGCUAGUAAAGCAAUUGCGGAGAAAUGCUUUUGGAACGCAUGCAAAGCGUUAUCUUUUGGAUUGUUUCUGAUGGCUGUCGGAGCCAUAAUGGCCAUUAUUGGAUAUUAUGCGGAACAGCUUUCAUCAGAUGACAUUGUCACGAAAACUGACAGUGGUAAUUCAAGUACAUCCAUACGUACAACAAAAACAACAAAAAAAUCUUCUCAUAUAUAUAAGUUGUCAUAUGCCGGACCAAUUGUGAUGGGCGUUGGAGGGUUCAUCGUGGUGGCGGCGUGCGUGAUGACUUUCGAGGCGCGUGAUCGGGCGGCCAAAUUCAUGUCCAACCAAUUGAAAAUAAUGGGCAGUGGAGUCGGCGGGGGCCAAGUGUCGGGUCAUCGUGGCCACGGUCGGCAGACGCCGUCCGCCGGUUACCUGUCCAGGGGUGACAGCGGCCGGAGCAGCUACCAGAACCCGUGUGACGGCGGACGGCACAAGAUGAACAAGAGCCCGUCGGCGCCCAACCUGGCGGCGGCCGCGUUGGCAUCGGCGAACCGCGGACCAGGGGGUGCCACACAAUCUGGCGUCGGCAGGCUGCCCCUCAGGCACAAGCACGCGGUGCACGUGCUGUCGUCGGGUAGCGGCGGUGGCGGUGGCGCGGGCCGAACGCUGCUCAGUCCGCACACUUUGCGUCGGCAGGCCAUGUCAAUGGACACGCAAGACUACAACCCGCUGUUCUCGCCGCCCCCGAUCCCGGCACAGCAGUUCGGGUCUGUUGACGUAUAGC